AUGUCGCCGCUCGAGGCCGUCGUCGUGAAGAAAUGGAUCGACGAUAAUCUCAGGAAGAAGUUUAUCCGCCCUUCCCAAUCCGAAGCCGCCUCGCCCAUUCUACUGAUCAAGAAGCCGGGCGGCGGGGUCCGUAUUUGCGUGGACUACAGAGGAAUCAACAACGUCACGACGAAGACACGGCACCCGUUGCAGCUUAUCAAAGAGACCCUCGACGCCAUCUGUAAGGCGAAGAUUUUUACCAAGCUGGACGUCAUUGCGGCGUUCAAUAGGAUCCGUGUGAAGGAAGGUCAUGAGUGGCUUAUUGCGUUUAUCACGCGUUUCGGUCUCUUUGAGUCCCUGGUGUGUCCUUUCGGUUUACAGGGCGCGCCGGGGACUUUCCAGAACUACAUUAACGACGUGCUACACGACAUUCUCGAUAUUUACGCGACCGCUUACCUCGAUGAUAUUUUGGUUUACUCUGAGAACGAGGAAGAGCAUGUGAGCCACGUCAAAGAAGUCCUAAACCGUAUGAUUAAGGCCGGUCUGCAGAUCGAUAUUGACAAGUGCAAGUUUCAUACACAACGAACGAAAUAUCUGGGUUUAAUCAUCACCCCGGGCGGCAUCGAGAUGGACUCCCAGAAGGUGUCUGCCGUUAUUUCAUGGGAGGCCCCCGACUCCAAGAGAACAUUGCAGCGAUUUCUAGGCUUCGCUAAUUUUUAUCACCGUUUUAUCAAGCACUUUUCCAUAAUUGCAGGCCCCCUCUAUGAGUUAACCAAGAAGACGGAAGAUUGGCACUGGAACAGCCAACACCAAAAGUCCUUCGAAACUCUCAAGAAGGCUUUCAGCAGCGGACCAGUCCUUCGUAUUUAUGAUUGGGCCAAACGAACGGUCGUCGAGACGGACGCUUCCAACUGGGCUUGCGGCGGCACGCUGUCGCAAUACGACGACGAAGGCAUUCUGCGCCCAGUAGCGUAUUUCAGUCAGCGACAUUCGUCAGCGGAAUGCAACUACGAUAUCUACGAUAAAGAGUUGUUAGCCAUCAUCAAGGCGCUGGAGGAAUGGGACCGGGAGCUUGCCGGAGCUCAGCAGCCGUUUGAAGUCCUUACUGAUCACAAGGGGUUGAAGUCCUUUACGGUGCGCCCCGACGCCCUGAGUAGGAAGCCAGAGGACAUACCCAAGGACGAAGCUGACGAGCGGCUGCUCGCAAGGAACAAAGUCCUUUUGGACCAGAACAUCUUCGUAAAUGGGGCUUUCGUCUUGUCGGAAGCAGGAAGGAAUGAGGCCUUUGUCAGUUCAGCAUGCAUUUGCGAGCUGGAGGUAAUGGACGAGAAGUCAACGGAGGACUUGGUCACGGAAAGCUACGAGAAAUCGGUUCUUUUGCAAGACAUUGUGGCUAGUCUGUCGGACCCGGGGAGGAAGGCCUGGUCCAAGGAAGUAAAAGAGCACAUGAAGAAGGUUUCUUUCGCGGAGUGCAGGGCACUCCAGGGCCGGGCUUACUACCGCGGCGCCAUCCUCCUCGACCCUAACGACACGGAGCUCCAGCUAUAA